AUGACCGUGUUAAGUGAAGAACCUUCCACUCCCCCUUCAGCAGAAGAUAAUGAAAGAAGUUUGACAAAAGAUAGGGAAUUGGAAAACAUGACUCAAAGGGAGUUUCCGUGCCAGGAAGAAUACUCCAGCUUUUGCAUUAAUGGGGUCUGUGUUUUUCAUAAAGCUGUUGACACCCCAAUAUGCAGAUGCUCAUACGGCUAUACAGGGGAAAGAUGUGAACAUGUCAUUUUAGCAGCAACAUACGGAAAUGAAAUGGAAACAACGUAUAUUGCUAUUGGAAUAGCAGUAGGAUUGUUGAUAAGUGGAUUGAUUGCCUUUAUCUGGUGCUACAGAGAAAAACGGUAUGAAAAGAAACGAAAUUGUCACGUACUGUCUAGUUACUGCAAAAGUGAGUUUUCGUUGGGUAUAAUGUGGAAUGGUACUAUGCACCAGUUACAAGAUAUCUGUGAUGGGUUCUUCCUCCCAUCAUUUGUUGUCCUAGCUGAAUUCUCUCUGCUCAUUGAUACUUGGUAA